UUCGUUGAAAAUUUAAAACGUGCAUUUUAUAUUUCAAUCCAAUUUUAAAGAAAAUUUUAUGACACUUUUUGAAACCAUUUGUUCGAUCGAAAUAAUCGAGAUUUUUUUUUAAAUUUUAGAUUCGAAGUACACAUUGUAAUUGUAUAACCUGUACAAACUUAUCGAACGAGCAUGAAAUACGUAAAUUCGAGUACACGCAAACCUGUGUAACAUUUCACGCACGAUGAUGAAAAAUGGAUUAUCUUCGCCGUUAAUCAUCAUCGAAGUGAAAUCGCUUCCGGAUCAUUCCCCUCGAGGCGAACGUCCCGUCGAACAGACUCGUAGCCACCUUCCGUCUCCACUUUGUUUUCGAUUGAAAACAUCAUGGCGAUUCCCACAUAAAACCCCUCGAUGAGUAUUUAGCCAUCAUACGGCGAGCAGCACCCGCGUUCUCAUUGGAGAUCAUGAAACUCUUGGCGGUGCUAUGCGCGCUGAUGAUACGAUGCGCCGCGUCAAAAUCAUGGAACAACGAUAGUAAGGUGAAAGCCUUGUAUAUGCCUCGACACCCGAUGUGACUUUCUUCUUUGCCCGUCAGGUUAUUCGGAGGAGUUCUUCGUGUUUAACUGGUUCGGAUAUUUAAAACGUUUGUCUUUGAUAAUCCUGAUGUUGUCCGGUAUUAUUCUCUACUAUAUUCCGGAAUCACGUCCACAUGCUCGUCGAAUAUGUUAUAUGUUGAUCGAUUUUACGGCAAACGGCUUAAAAUCUGCACUGAGCGCCCGGGAAAGCGAAUAUCUGUACGAGAAGAUUAAAUCCAAGUACGAUCGUAUUCGAUACGAGCAUUCGCUCGCUUCCCAGAAAUAUAUUUCGCCGGAAAUUCAAGAUGAGAAUGAGAACAUCCAUCGACCUCACAAAAGUAUCUCCAAAAAAUCGAAAGUCUAUUUGGCCGAUGAUAUGAUGGGAAAUAAGGAGAGGAUAAGGAAAAAGCACAAGGAUCGAAUCACGUUGUCCAAGUCACGUCACCUUCGCAGCAGUAUGAAAGAUAUCUCUAUGGGUGAUUGCGCGGAAAUCUCCAAACCGAUCUAUUUUUAUCCCGAAAAAUUGGACGAUUUUCAGAAAUACGUGAAAACAAGUUUGUCUGGUUUGAAACGCGAUAAGAAUUUAGAGAAUUACACACUUUUGAUCAGUGGCAAUCCACAACAAAUGGCGAUAUUCGAUCAGAAGUUCGAUAAGGAAGACAUGGUGAUUGUUCAAGAUCCGUACAUGAAAGUGGAGUACAAGGAAUGCGGCACUUCUACCGACAAACUGUCGGCGAAAGUGGAAGCCUCAAGCUCGGAUCAAGAGGGACCAACUAGAGACCUUAACGAGAAUGACAUGGAAACGUACAUAAAGGAAAUUGAAUUUAACUCGAUUCCGGAAAACACCGGAUCCAAAUAUUCCAUGAACAAAUUGUUGUAUCAAACAAGUCAAUGCCAAUGUGAACAAGAUUGUUGUAAACCCAAUGAAUAUUCUUUUGCAUCUUUGAAUAACAAGGCAGCUAUAUCAACGCAGUAUUUGUCCGAGCAUCAUUUAAGAUCGUCUCGAAGCUCGAUGAAUCCAAAACUGCGUAAAGUGUCACAAGAGAAUGAGAAUCUGUAUACAUCUAUCGAUUGCAAUAAUCACAUGGAUUCUUGUCCUAUGAAGCACGUUAAUUCGAACACUCGAAGAGUUGAUUUUAGAGAGGAAGAAAUACACGAGCACAACGAAGGAUCUGUCGAACAGAAACAAGCGGAGAAUAGGUAUUAUGAAAAUAUAAUCAAAUCACGGAAAAAAAAGUCUAGGAACAAUGAACCGCCGACUGGUUUCUGUUGCAACGAUUUUUCAUAUCUCACCGAUCGAGGAGGAGAAGCUGACGACGAAAAUUCUCAACAUAUGGAACGACCGAUUCGAAAGCACUAUCUCGAUGAGAAACCUCAAAAAGAGAAUACUUUGUUGGAAAGUUCGGACGAAUCGAUUUUGGAUUAUUGCGAAGGACUUGAUAUGGAGCCUAUCCUAAAAAAUCGAUUGAAACCAGCCCUGCUACGAGCGGUGAAUUGGAUCUUCGGUGGUUGCCCGGAAGCAUCGAGGAAAGCGGCGUUGAAACGAAACAAGAUCGAAAAGGAAGAGAACCAAGAGACCGACGAAUGGUUUCUGUAGUCAAGGGUGUUGAAUACCUCGUUGCAAAUCGUUUCACACCGUCGGCAAAAUCGUGAUUCUGCAUCGAACAUUAUCCAUUUCACAUAGUACAUUCCAUCGAUCGUUAAAUUUGCGAAGUUUAUCCAUAAAUUUAAAAAAAAAAAAACAUUUUGUUCGUCUUUAAUUUGAAUAAAUGUGGGUUUAUCGUUC